ACAAUCAUGAUUACGCUACUUUACUAUGACUUCAUUUUAGUUUCCAAUUGAUACCUUAAUACAAUUAUGCUGUGUAAAGGUACCACCUUUCUUGUACGUGUAUUUUGUCUCAUAUUUGGAUAUCUUACAUUUACGAAAGGUGCUGCCCCGGUGUGCUCGCCAGACACGUACACAAUCACAGCGGGGAUAGCGUCAACGAUAAACACGGUAUUUACGUCAAUAACGUGCACCGACGCUGACGACCCAACUUUAACGUAUACGUUGGAUACAACCAAAGAUGGGUACGAAUAUUUCACAAUGGACUCGAACCAGUUGAAGCUGGUGAACCGUAUCGACGUUGAGGACGGGCUGAACUCCUGGCAGAUAGAAGUCAUUGUGGCGGACUCCGAGGGAGAUAUGGACACAGCAACGGUCACUGUGUCCACGUUCACGUCCACAACGACCACUACCACCACUCCCCCACCCCCGGGCUACAACUGGUUCGAUGACUCCAACAACACCAUCCUCUUUAUUGUCGCCAUGGCAACCGUCGCCAUCAUAUCUGGCGUGUGUGUGGUGAUGUGUAUCCGGUUCCGGCGGAAGGGAACGUGCCUGCCCUCCAACUGCCCGGAGUUUAACAAGUGCAAGGCCAGUUUCGGUCGCCAGGUCACGUGUUGUCCCCUACCAUGUGACUUCUAUGCGGAGCGACUGGAGGGCCCGGAAGAAGAGAAAGAAGACGUAGUAUACGAGGACGCCUUCCUCGGCUCGACGACUGUAGAAAAGGUGAAAAAGGUGAAAAAUAACAAAACUAACGAACCGAAAAUUGAGGAAAACGAAACAGAAUUCUCCCGCCUUCCCUCAGUAUCGCCAACGUUGAUCACGAACUCACGUUUGCGUGACGUUGGCUUUGAUGGCAUGAGGGAACCCGGAUUUAACGCCCCGAUGCACACGUCGUACGGCGGAAAGCAAUGAUCUGUUAUGCGUGAAGGAAGUCACUAGAUAAUGGUGAAUGGGCGUCAUUGAAAAAAAACAGAACUGUGACAUGAGUGCGGGCUUUAUUGUUGAUUUUCCACUUCCACCUUCGUUGUGAUAUUGAGUUUUAACUGUGUCUUCUAUUGUUAUUAACAGUGGACUUGACCUUGACCCUAGGGGCCCCAAAUGCAACCUAAUGUUAUUCAUCCAUAAACACUUCCUCCAUACAUAGUUUCGUCACAACAUGUCGACCGUAACUAAAGGUAUUCAGUUUCAAACAUUUAUCUAUUUUUAAUUGACCAGGACUCUCGGAGCCCCAAACACAAUCCCAUGAAAUGUGUCUAUAAACUCUUCUAUAUACCAAGUUUGGUUGCAAUAUAUCAACACUAGCUAAAGUUUAUCAGUUCCAACCACGUUUCUAUUUUAGAAACAAAUACCUUGACCUUGACCCUACGGGCCCGAAACGCAAUUUCUUGGAAGGGUUCUAUAAAUUCAUCCUAUAUGCCAAGUUUGGUCACCAUUUGUCAUACCUUACUGAAAUCAUUUAAACCAUAGUUGAUUUUGUCGCCGCCCUCAUGCCUGUGCGCACUAACAGCAGCGUACAUCAUUCUAAUUACCAGGUUUCACUUUGGAUAAAAAUAUGAAAAAUGUGCUCGUCAAAAGCAAUAAAAAAACAAGGGUCAUACAUAAUUUGUAUUCAGGGUUAAUAUGGAGUUAUGUAACCUUAUUGUCGUUAACAACUGUGAGAAGUAUUAAGUCUAUUGAAUGAAGGGCAUAGAAGUAUUUAUAAAAUCCA